AUGCCGCGUCAAUUACACGAAGGCGGUGACCUUUGUGCCAUAUUCAUUCAUGCCGGAGCAGGGUAUCACAGUCAUCAAAACGAGAGAAUUCAUCUCACUGCCGUCAAUGAUGCUGCCAAGGUCGCCAUGGCGGUCCUGAAAAAUGGAGGAGAAGCCACUGACGCCGUUGAAAUGGCAAUUAGAUUACUCGAGGACAAGGAGAUUACCAAUGCCGGGUAUGGAAGUAACUUGACGAUGGAUGGACACGUCGAGUGUGAUGCUACCAUGGUCGAUCACUUUGGCCGCAGUGGUGCUGUUGGUGCUAUAUCCCAAGUCAAAAAUCCCAUUGCAGUUGCUCGACUUGUCCUUGACGAAUCAACCAAACCCUUAUCUCUGCAAAGGGUGCCACCCAAUCUCCUUGUUGGUGCCGGUGCAACAGACUAUGCUGCCGACAAAGGUAUCCCCAUCCUACCUCCAGAUUUUCUUGUUUCAAUGAAUGCUCGUGAGCGUUGGAUAAGAUGGAAGCAAGAUCUGGAGGAUGCUAAAGAAAAACAGGCGCAGACACCGGCCAAAACACGAACUCCAGCUCCGGCGGAACUAGAAGACACUUCCAUGGGCUCUGGACCAGGGUUCAGUCUCAUAACUCCCUCCACUUCCGCUUCGACCAUGGAAACACGCCUGAUGUUAUCAAAAUCACCUACGGUGCGCCCGUUCCGCGCCUCAGCCGCGGAUGUUCCCACUUUGGGGGAUGAGAAGAUCACAAAACUCCCGUCACGUCCUCCCACAUGUUCCCUCUCUGGAAUACCACAGGAAGUGAUGGUCGAAAAUUAUUUACAUGAUCGGCCCGAGACAGCCACUGAUGACAAUUGGCAGUGGGCGAUGUCCCCUCCCAAACGGCAAAAAUUGAACGGAUCUUUCGAUGGAAUGCCCGUGAGUGAUGAUGUGUCCGAAUCUGAUCCCGCAUCGCUGUUGGGCGCACAGCUAGAAUGUGCUGACGAAGACGACAUGGAAGAUGGAAUUACGGACACUGUGGGAGCGAUCGCAGUGGAUUGCUUUGGUCGGAUAGCUGCCGGCUCGUCUUCCGGCGGAAUUGGAAUGAAACACAAAGGCCGGUGUGGACCAGCCGCUCUUGUAGGAAUUGGGACCGCGGUGAUCCCGAUUGAUCCCGAAGAUCCAACACAAACUUGUGUAGCCACUCUGACCAGUGGGACAGGAGAACACAUGGCCACCACAACAGCGGCAGCCACUGCGGCCGACCGGAUCUACAAUUCGGUCCGGAAAGAAAAUGGGCGACUCAUGGCGUGUAACGAAGAUGAAGCAAUGCACUCGGUCAUCAAACAUGAUUUCAUGAGGCAUCCUGGAGUCAGUAACAGCCACUGUGCUGGGGCGAUUGGGAUAUUGGCGGUGAAAAAGACACGAGACGGGAUUUACUUUUAUUUUGGGCAUAACACGGAUUCAUUUGCACUGGGAUCGAUGCACUCGGAAGAGCGAAAACCGGUUUGUACCAUGUCUCGGAGCAAAGGUCGAGGGACCAUUGCACAAGGGGGACGAGUCUCUCGGUCCAGAUAUGGGCGUUUCCGUUGA